CUUGCUCUGUCACCCAGGCUGGAGGGCAGUGGCACAAUCACAGCCACUGCGGCCUUGACCUCUCCAACUUAAGUGAUCUUUCCUGCCUCAGCCUCAUAAGUAGCUGGGACCACAGGUGUGCACCACCACACCCAGCUAAAUUUUGUAUUGUUUGUAAAGACGAGGCCUCACUAUGCUGACCACGCUGGUCUCGAACUCCUGGGCUCAAGCAAUCCUCCUGCCUUGGCCUCCCAAAGUGUUAGGGUUAGAGAUAUGAGCCACCACACCCAGCUUAUAUGUCCUUUUAUUUCAUAAAAAACAAUUUUAGAUUAUCUGAUAUCAUACAUAUCCCAUAAAUGGUAGUCAUUAAUUUAGAAGUGAAUUUAUAAAGUUAAGUCAAGAGAAGUUAAAAUUGCACAUGCAUUUUGUUUCUAAAAUCUGAGAUGUCUAUGCAUUUCCAGGUAUUGUAUAUUUGCAAAUACAUUGGGUUAGAAAUCAUCUUUAACAUUUUGUGUUAGUGUAAUAACAAUAUUAUCUAAUAUUAAUGCUACCAGAAUCCAGUUGCUUUUUCUAUGUAUCAAAAUUUAUCAUAACUUUUUCCACUUACACUAGGUGAUUAAACAGAAUCUGCCCAAUUUAUUCUGCAGUAAAAUUAUUUUAAAAUCUAUUUUUCCUGCUGACUCUUAGAAAUUGCAGAAAGACAAAAGCCAGUUUCAUCUCCAGUAAUAGUGUGAAACAAUUUCCUUCCAGUGGGACAGAAACCUAGAUAUACUAGGAUAAGAUUUAAAUAUAAAGAAAAAUGCCUUGGCUGAAAAAAAAAAAAAAACACCAAAACACAAAAAGGAUUCAUUAAAGCAACAGAACAAAACCUAAUUUGGGACCCUAAAAACUCUGGCAAUGCCACUGUAAUGAAGUUUCACUAUCUGCUUCAGAGUAACAGUCUCUGAAAUUGUUAUUCUGCUACAUGCUGUAAAGAACUCCCAAAACUCAAAUGUAUCAGGAAAUGUAAAGGUUAAGUCUGACUACAAGAAGGCCAAAAUUGCACCAGCUUCCUAAGUGAAGAAUAAUAGAAUAAAACAUAUAGAGGGCAGAAAUAAAAUGAGGUGUAUCUGGAGAAUUUCAUGAUGAGCAUUUAGAUUUAGCAAUGCCCAAUGUCAUGCUGACACUGUUUGUCAUGACCUUGUCUUCAGCUAGUAAUUUGGGGUUGUACUUUUUUAAAUUUAAUUUUGAAUGUUCUUGCAUGUUUGGUACCUCUCUCCGCACUGCUAAAGAUAAAUUGUUUAUCUGUAUAACAUAACUACACCAAUGUCAUUUAUUGUAUACGCUAGUACACAAAUGUGUUUUUUUAUUAAGUAAAUGAAGUAUUUGCUGUGAAAAAUGUAUUAUUUGUGCCACCGUUUAUAUCUGUGUUCAUUUUCUGUGUGUAUAUGCGUGUGUAUUCGAAUCUCAAUUUUUCUUUUACUCUAGUUUAGAUUAAGACAUAUUUAGAUGAAAUUUUAAAAAUAACAUUGGAAAUAGGAGGCUAAGUUUUGUUGAGUCUCAUUCCCUUGGGAGGAAAUUGCUUUUGCCAUUUUAUUUUCAUGUACAAUAACCUAAAAAGGAUUUCCUACUGACUUCCUUCCUAAUUAUUAUUGUUUUACACGAAAGAAAGGAAAUAUGUUUUCAAUUGAGUUGUUUGAAAUCAUUCACUUUGUGUAGAUUUCCCAGACUGAUGUUUCAUUGUAAGAAUAUUACAUUAUAGACCGCUUGGCCAUUUCACAAGCAACUAGUCCAUAGUUUUGGAAGCCCGCUUUAAGAGACCUGAAUAUCUUUGUUUUUAAUAAAAUACUUAGAGUUUAACUAAAGCUCUGGAAUAAUCUUUAUUUCUUUUGAGAAGGGUGAUUUCAGGGCUGAAAGAAGGAAGCAAGCAUCCAAAUACCUACAGUUUAAAUGUUGACUGUUAAUUUAGUCCAUUAACCUUGUGUUGAUCUGUGAUGUUUUCAUGUGUGAGAGGGACACUAGGACACCCCUGUCCAUAUAGCUUUUUAAAGAUGACAAAAGGUUCUUCAAAUUAUCGAAGUUUUUCUGGAGGUAGGAGAGUCUGCAGCCAAAUGCUGGGUUCCUGUGUCCGUUACAGAUUGCUCAAAUUUGCAUGGGCAAUUACACAGGGGGAUCGCAUCAAUGCAGGGCCGCUAGCCACACUGUCGCCAUACAAUUACACAACGGCUUCGGUGCUUAAACUUUAAAAUUCUUACACCGUUGUGCCUGUUCUAUUAGAACAAACUGCAGCAAAUGAUCCAAAGCCAAUUCAAAUGACUGGAGAGGAGGUGCCCAGGGAGAGAGAGGGAAGGGGUGCAGUGUGGCCCACUACUGGCCAGCAUAAGCAGUCAUCAUUGCUGGCUGCUGCAAUCACUGGCUUCUUUGUGCUUUGCAGUCUGCAGUUUUAAAGUGGGGCCAACAAUAAGGCUCACCUAAUUCACAGAAGGGCUGUGAGGAUUAAUGAGGGAAGUUAGGCAAAGCAGGCCUGAUACUCAAAGUACUGCAUAAACACAGGGGCUUGGAGUAACUCUUUGUUUGAAUGGUUGAUUUUUUUUUUUAAAUGCUGCUGUAUCCACAGUUUUGCCUUCUCUAAUAAUCCCUUUUAUAAACCAAAAUGCUAUUGUGUUCUCCCUGGGAAGUUAAUUUAGACAAUAAUACUGUAAACCCCAAAAUGCUUUUGUGUUCUCCCUGGGAAGUUAAUUUAGACAAUAAUACUGUAAACCCCAAAAUACAAGCUACCUGAUCAAAAGCAAGGGAUAUUUGAGAAGGAAAUCUAAUUAAAAUAUUAAUAAAGCUGGAACUACCAGCAAAAGGAGAGUUCAUAAUGAGGUUAAAUGUCACACCAUCUGAGCACAAAUGUUCUCAAGUGUUGAUUUUAGCAUACACUCUUUCCCAAAGUCUUAAAAGGUGGAACAGAUGCUCCAAAAAGUCAGUCAACUAUAUUUCCAAUUUGGCACUAAUUUAUAGUUUUCUUCUCUGUUCAUGGUAGAAGACUGGAGUGGGAGAAAGGGGAUGCAAGAUAACUGAACUCUGCAAAUUGUCCAUCCUGAAGAAAAUGGUCUGAAAUCCAAGGGAAAAAGAAAUAACAACUGGAGAAUGGAUUUGCAGAAGGUCCUCCCUUAUAAAGGAAGAUGUUUGACCACAGCUGUGGUUGAAAUACUCACAAAUUAACAAUGUUUACCAACAGAAAGGGGCCACAGAUACAGUAUAAAUAAGACACACCUGCCAACUAGUUUUAAAAGAGAAUGCCAAAUAGAUUGUACACACAAAUAGAAUAUGGGACUUGAUCAUGGCAUAUUUUGGCAGGCAGAACAUAAGUAUGCUAAGAACCAAGCAUCAUGCUUUUUGUUCCUAUCUAUUUUGCCUAAAUGAAACUCUUCUACGUGAUAAACAUGUCUCCCUUUGUGUAGCAAAAUCCACCCUGAGUCCAACUCAAAUUUCAUCAAACUACAAUUCCUUUCUACAAGUCACCAAAUCACUUUAUUGCAACCACCAAAUGCUUUCCUAUUAAUUGAAAUGGUAUGAUACACUUACUUUUUGAUAUAUCCUCCAGAUUUUCAAGAUCCUAUUGCAAACAAAAUGAUGCUUUAUGACACUUUAUAAUAUUCCACCCUAUUUCAUUCUUUCCAUAAUUUCUAUCAUUAAACGGCCUUCUCUCACCACCACCCCCAACAAAACUAAUCUAUUCCCCAACUGCCUAUCAGAGACCAGAUAAAAGUCAGUCUAUCACAGCAGCAGUGAUGGUCAUGCCAAUUUCACAGUGUGAUUUGUGCACUCAUUUCAUUUUGAAAAUGACCCUGCCCUCCAUCUGUCUAAGCAGAAUGUCCUGCUCUUUUCAAGCCAGGGCUCUGGAGCAGCAUCACAUGAAAUAAGGAGGAAGAGACACAGAACGGCCUCCCUCCUGCCCACUUCAGCCACCACGCUCACAGGUACCCACACAAAGAGGAGAACCCCAACUGAAUCCUGGUAGGGAUCCCAGAAAUUUGGAGGAGAAUAUAGUCCUUUUAUUUUUCAUACAUUUUCAAGAAGCCAUUUGAAGAUGAUGUAAAUACAACCCUGCAAAACAGAGAGAAAGACUAAUGAAGGGCAAUUUCCCAUUCCCAUGUUGUCAUCUCACCUUAAUUUAAUAGCAAAUUACCUAAGGUAACAGUACAUACAUAAGAAUUUUAAAAUACUGAGCCUUGUGAGGCACAGUGGCUCAUACCUGUAAUCCCAGCACUUUGGAAGGCCAAAGUGGGAGGGUUGCUUGAGGCCAGGAGUUCGAGAUGAGCCUGGGCAACAUGGUGAGACCCUAUCUCCAUUAAAACAUUUUUAAAAAAAGAUUAGCCAGGCAUGGUUGUGCACCUGUAGUCCCAGCUACUCAGGAGGCUGAAGCAUGAGGAUCACUUGAGCCCAGGAGUUCAAGGCUGCAGUGAACUAUGAUCAUGCCAUUGCAUGUCAGCCUGAGCAACAGAACAAAGCCCUGUCUCUAAAAAAUAAAUAAAUAAAAUACUGAGCCUAAAUUCCCAAGGGAGAACCAUCAGGCAGCCUGCUGUAAAGAAGUCGAUGCACCCCUUCCCCCAAUUUAUUACUGAGCAGUAUCCUCUACCCAUGUACCUCCUUGGGCUUAAGACUCUAAAAGGGUGCACCAAGAGAUCAGAUUGAAAGAAGCCUCAGAAUACAGUUAUAGUAAUAUUCCACAGUUGCUUUCUGUGGGGUCUUAGGUGAGCCAAAGUCCCAUUCAAUCCUGAAAUGGGUGCAGUUUCCCUUUCUUGGAAUUGAUGCAUUGGGAAGCUCCUUGUCUAGUUCCAGCCAAAAAGACACAACUCUGCCAAUUCCUGGCAAGGGAGAAGACUGAGUAAGUACAUAAAGUCAGCCAUAUGAUGAUAUGAGCAAUCACACACCUACUAAAAAUCUCCUUCCAGUGAUACUGGGUAAAUAACGAGCUACACAACUCCAGUAGUCACAUCUGCUCACAGCUGGAAUCAAGGCCUAGAAGUUCAAAGUUUACUACCUACACAAAGUUCAUUGUUUUAAUGGAGAAACAAAGACAAUAAUAUUCCUUAUACACACUUAGCACCAAACAAUGGGCCCUUACAAACUCAUGUACAUGAGAUACAUGGAUUGGGUUAUUCAUCAGUCACUAUUUCCUAUUGAAAUUGGUUACUGGAUAUCAUGGUUCAGCCCCUACCUACCUAGAUGUGGCUUUAAACAAACUAUUAAUUUAAUAGCUUGAUUUAAUUAAUAAUGUAAUACUUAAAUCUUUAAACCUUUCUAGCCCACAGACUUCUUAAACUGCAAUAUGCAGAAUGCAGGCUGCUUAUUCAAAUUAGAAAUGCUAUAUGUAAACAGUCUCUAAUAGAGGUGCUAUAUGAUAUGGUUGACAUCGUAUCAACCGUAUGAUAGCUGGGAAGUUUAUAUAUAGAAAAGAUUUAUGGGCAGUAACACUAUUAUGGAUGCAUACAAAGGAUUUGCAGUAAUUAUGUAGCAAACAACACACUUUUACUUGGAUUAGGUUUAUAUUAGGUGCCACAGAGACCAAUGGAUAUCACGGUAGAUGACAAAAGAUACUGAUUUCUUAUUGGCAGAGACAGUUGGAGGACCACAGCAAUGGAUACAACCAAGUGUAAACGCCAACAUAUACUCAGUAAUUUUUUUUUGUCAUGGAAAAGGAGAGACACUGCGAUCAAAAACAGAUCCUCUCCCAGUACCAAUUAAGAUUCACAGCACUUUUUCCUUAUUAACCUCUGGAAACCACCAAAAUAAGAAGGAUUUCUGUUUGCUGCUGUAUUCUGUUCUUACAAACUGUGCCCUCGGGGUAGCAUAAGAACCUGCUCUAACUCCAAGGGAAUUCAAGGAGUUAACUCCCUUUUGCCAUCCCGCUCCUUUUAUUAAAAGGUCCUUUUAUUAAAAGGUCCUUUUAUUGUACUGACGAUCUCUACUUUAUUAAAAGUAAGCCAAACGCCAGCAUUAGUAUAGACCACACCAAUGUACAAGGCUCAAAAUCGCCAGAACAUGGUGCCGGAAAUCUUCCUCCGACGCGCUAGAGACCGAGGUGGCACAACAGACACAGAGAGCGCCCCUCAUCUUUAGGAGGCAGGGAAGGCGAACGACCGUGCGUCCACACGGGCCGCGAGUCGGGUCGGUGCAACAAGGACUACGCCUCCCAGCAUGCAGUGCGGCCACGCCUGCGCAGCGGCGCCACAGGAAUGAUGCAUGCCGGGACCGGGAAGAUUCAGUCUCUGAACGGCCCGGAGUAGUCGUCUUUCCCCUUCUGACUGCCGCCACGCUGCAGUCCAGAAUAUUUGAAGAUCAAACCGAACUUGAGAGACUAACGAGAACGGUCCCUUUUUAUUCCUAACAGAUUCCUUCCGUGGCAAAGUAACCGGUCGUCUUCCAUUUCCGGUUGCCCUGUUGCCGUGGUAACCGCACGCAUAACAGCCGUGGUGGUUAUGGCUGGUCUGAGCGGCGCGCAGAUCCCCGACGGGGAGUUUACCGCGCUAGUGUACCGGCUCAUCCGCGAUGCCCGCUACGCCGAGGCGGUGCAGCUGCUGGGCCGAGAGCUGCAGCGGAGCCCUAGGAGCCGUGCCGGCCUUUCGCUGCUAGGCUACUGCUACUACCGCCUGCAGGAGUUCGCGCUGGCGGCCGAGUGCUAUGAGCAGCUGGGCCAGCUGCACCCGGAACUGGAGCAGUACCGCCUGUACCAGGCCCAGGCCCUGUACAAGGCCUGCCUUUAUCCGGAGGCCACUCGGGUCGCCUUCCUUCUCCUGGAUAACCCCGCCUACCACAGCCGGGUCCUCCGCCUGCAAGCUGCCAUCAAGUAUAGCGAGGGCGAUCUGCCAGGGUCCAGGAGCCUGGUGGAGCAGCUGCUGAGUGGGGAAGGGGGAGAAGAAAGUGGAGGCGAGAAUGAGACCGAUGGCCAGGUCAACUUGGGUUGUUUGCUCUACAAGGAGGGACAGUAUGAAGCUGCAUGCUCCAAGUUUUCUGCUGCACUGCAGGCCUCAGGCUACCAGCCUGACCUUUCCUACAACCUGGCUUUGGCCUAUUACAGCAGCCGACAGUAUGCCUCAGCACUGAAGCAUAUCGCUGAGAUUAUUGAGCGUGGCAUCCGCCAGCACCCUGAGCUAGGUGUGGGCAUGACCACUGAGGGCUUUGAUGUUCGCAGUGUUGGCAACACGUUAGUUCUCCAUCAGACUGCUCUGGUGGAAGCCUUCAACCUUAAGGCAGCCAUAGAAUACCAACUGAGAAACUAUGAGGUAGCUCAAGAAACCCUCACCGACAUGCCACCCAGGGCAGAGGAAGAGUUGGACCCUGUGACCCUACACAACCAGGCACUAAUGAACAUGGAUGCCAGGCCUACAGAAGGGUUUGAAAAGCUACAGUUUUUGCUCCAACAGAAUCCCUUUCCUCCAGAGACUUUUGGCAACCUGUUGCUGCUCUACUGUAAAUAUGAGUAUUUUGACCUGGCAGCAGAUGUCCUGGCAGAAAAUGCCCAUUUGACGUAUAAGUUCCUCACACCGUAUCUCUAUGACUUCUUGGAUGCCCUGAUCACUUGCCAGACAGCUCCUGAAGAGGCUUUCAUUAAGCUUGAUGGGCUAGCAGGGAUGCUGACUGAGCAGCUUCGGAGACUCACCAAGCAAGUACAGGAAGCAAGACACAGUAGAGAUGAUGAAGCUAUCAAAAAGGCAGUGAAUGAAUAUGAUGAAACCAUGGAGAAAUAUAUUCCUGUGUUGAUGGCUCAGGCAAAAAUCUACUGGAAUCUUGAAAAUUAUCCAAUGGUGGAAAAGAUCUUCCGCAAAUCUGUGGAAUUCUGUAACGACCAUGAUGUGUGGAAGUUGAAUGUGGCUCAUGUUCUGUUCAUGCAGGAAAACAAAUAUAAAGAAGCCAUUGGUUUCUAUGAACCCAUAGUCAAGAAGCAUUAUGAUAACAUCCUGAAUGUCAGUGCUAUUGUACUGGCUAAUCUCUGUGUUUCCUAUAUUAUGACAAGUCAAAAUGAAGAAGCAGAGGAGUUGAUGAGGAAGAUUGAAAAGGAGGAAGAGCAGCUCUCUUAUGAUGACCCAAAUAGGAAAAUGUACCAUCUCUGCAUUGUGAAUUUGGUGAUAGGAACUCUUUAUUGUGCCAAAGGAAACUAUGAGUUUGGUAUUUCUCGAGUUAUCAAAAGCUUGGAGCCUUAUAAUAAAAAGCUGGGAACAGAUACCUGGUAUUAUGCCAAAAGAUGCUUCCUGUCCUUGUUAGAAAACAUGUCAAAACACAUGAUAGUCAUUCAUGACAGUGUUAUUCAAGAAUGUGUCCAGUUUUUAGGACACUGUGAACUUUAUGGCACAAACAUACCUGCUGUUAUUGAACAACCCCUCGAAGAAGAAAGAAUGCAUGUUGGGAAGAAUACAGUAACAGAUGAGUCCAGACAAUUGAAAGCUUUGAUUUAUGAGAUUAUAGGAUGGAAUAAGUAGUUAUGGCUGAUAGUGGCUUUGUUCAAAAUGGCUUUCUUACGUAUCACACUGUUUUUAUCUGUAUUUAGCCUUGGCAUCUUUAUAUUUGUCUUAUUUUGAAUCUUAUCCACUUUAUAACAACAAGUUUAUGUUUGAGCAACUUUUUCAUUUAAUCCAGAAGAGUAGGGACUAUGCAGUGUAAGCUGCAUCACUUCUGCUUUCUUCCUACUAGUGACAAUCAUCUGGUCUUGCCCUCAAGCAACAAUUGCUAGAGUAACAUCUUUGUAUAAGCAAGUAACCCCAGAUAGAGUUGACGUUUCAGCUUUGGGCUGUCAAAAGGGUAUGUCAUGGACCAAAGUACUGUUAGUACGGGUAUGUUUGCUUUUGGUCACUGAUACGUAAAUGACUGCUAGCCCACGGCUGGACCACUUCUCAAUCAGCAAAUAAAGCCAUGUCUAUUUUGCUAUCUCAGCAUAGACUAUGCUGUCUAAUAAAUCUAAUUCUUAACUCUAUUUCUCCAGUUUUUUAGUCCUUUAACUUUCUGGAUUGCAACGAAGUCUAGUUUAGACCUAAAAGCCCUUUUAGAAGUACAAGUAUAAUGGGAAUUUCUUUUCUUGGUUCUUUUCAGGUUAUGAGGUUUGGUCAGUGACAUAAUUUUUUUUCAUAAUUUGGUUGAUUGGUUGCUUCUUAAGUUUUAUAAUAAACGUUUUUCUUCAUGUUCUAUUUUUGAUUUUACAGAAAUGAUUUUGCCUCCUUGUGGAUACUGACAUAUAUUAAGUGUGGAAGCUUAUUAAUAUUUUUGGUUUUUUAAAAACAAAUUUUUAAUUUUUAAUUUUUUAGGAAAAAAUAAGCACUGAACUGAGAAUGAGAAGACUAAAAGUAUGAGUUCCAUACCUUCUAAUUUUAGGCUUUCAGAAAGUCCUUUAUUCUUUGGGGUUUCACAAUCAUUUGAACUAUCAGAAGCCUUUACAAUUACUUUUAGCUGUAACAUCCGAUUCUGUAUAAGCCACAUAGAAAAAAGUUGCCUUUCUUUUUUUUAUGACCUGGAUAUAUAAGCAAAUCAGCCAGGAAAUAUAUAAUUGUAUUUUAUAUUAAUGUUUUCUAGGAUUUUGGCUUACAGUAAAUGUUAACCCCUAUGGUAAGUGAUUGUUAUUGUUGGAUGUUAUACUGAUUAUUAAUAAGAAAUUUGGAUUUUUGCCUUUUUACCUGGAAUUUUUGCUUACAACAGUAGCUAUGAAUAUAUAUAGGGUGGUCCCCAGUCUCUGUUAUGGUUGUGCAUAAAUUAAUAAUUUUAUAAGUAUUUAGAAAUGGUAUAAUUCUCUUAACUUCCUCUUUCAGUUUUUUUACUAAUGUUUGUUUUUGUUCGGGAAGAGGAGAUUUGCUUUUAAUCCUUCCAAAAAAUGAUGAACCACCCUUCCAUUCAGUAGUUUGACAAGCUGUUAUAAUGUGUAUUUUUUCCUCAAUUAUUCUUGAAAUAUUUAGAGCCUCUCCUGCUUCUAACAUGAAGGCCUUUAGAUGCCAGUCUGCCAGAAAUCUGGAAACAGAGGAACCGGUGAAGUGAAGAUGUAAUGGAGAUUUAGCUAAUGAUGUACUUCACAAUCCACCUUGGACCUCCUGCAUGUCCAAAUCUCAGCAGUUAAUCAAGUGUCUGCUGCCAUUAACAGAACAGAAGUAAUGGAUAACAGAAUGGAAAUAAGAGAUGCCAGAACUACUUCCAUAACUAACUCACCAAAUCAAAUCAUCAGUCCUCAUAUUCUUGUUUUAUUUAAUACAAGGAGAAGAGGCCAUGCACUUUCCAAAAGGUCAAAGCCACAUAGAAUAGGAAGGCAAUCUCUAGUUUAAAGCUUUCUCUUGGAGUGUUUUCUCCCCGUCUUCAAAGGGUCUACUUGAGAGAUAGUGGUGUUUACUGCUGCAGAAUGUAUCACAAGAUAAGAAAUGAAAAAUCAAUCUUUCUUACCACCCCGUUCGCUUUCCCUUUUUUAUCUUUUCCCUUUUGUCAAUUAUAGAAUUAUAGGGACACUUUUCUCUGAUAGCUGGAAGUUGAACCUCAACCAGGUAUAAAAGAUGCAUAACAACCUUUUAGCAGUAAGUGUCAAGUGAGUGAACACUAUGAUUAUCAAGGUGACUUUGGAAACCUUUUAAAAAUGCAUUUUUGCAAAACAAGAUAACAUAUAUUGAUAAAAAGUGACUCUCAGAUUGGUAAUGCCAGAAAAAAUUUUAAGAGGACUCACCAAAAGUACUAGAUCUAUAUAAUUUGUAGAAUAGAGUGAAGUUUUUUUAUAUAUUUGUGGUAGCCUCCAUCUUUUAAACUUUUUGAACUCAGUAGAAAAACAGACUGAAAUUUUAAAGACAUGCAGUAUUUGUAUCAUUUUAAAUUCUGUAACACUGGGAAUUAAAUAUACUCAACUUUAGAGGA